AUGGAAGGCAUCGAUGACCAUGACUCCGACGAUGCAGACACAGAGGAAGAGGACACCACUCCUGAGAUUACCCUCAACGCCCUAACAGGCUGGGAUUCUCCUACGACGAUGCGCCUGCUCGCAAUCAUCAGCAACCACGAUCUCCAUGCUCUCGUCGACUGUGGUUCAACACACAAUUACGUGAGCGAGAAAAUGGUCAUCGAGUUGAAACUGCAGGAGACACCGACGAAACCAUUUGAUAUCCACGUAGCAAACGACCUCGUACUGGUAUUCAAUGGCUACAAAUUCUCGGGCCCGUACUCGCAGACUGGAAAGCCCAAACUCUGCAAUUGGAUUUGGAAGACAACACCCCACGGUCUCCCACCAGUCCGCGACAUCGAACACACCAUUACGCUUAAAGAAGGUACUGAUCCUAUCAACGUCCACCCAUAUCGUUACACCUAUUUCCAGAAAGACGAGAUCGAGAGGAAAGUCGCAGAGAUGCUCAAUGCGGGCAUAAUCCAGUCACGCUCCAGCCCGUUCUCCUCUCAUGUCCUCCUCGUCAAGAAGAAAGAUGGAUCGGGCGGCUCUCAUGAACGACAUCUUUCGCCCUCUCAUGAGGAAGUUUUUGUCCUCGUCUUCUUCGACGAUAUCCUCAUCUACAGCCUUACUUGGGAGGCAAAUUUACAGCACGUACGCGAGGUGUUACGGUUGAUACAACAACACAAGCUCUCUGUUAAACUCAAGAAGUGCGAAUUUGGAAAACGGGAGCUCGAGUAUCUGGGAAACAUAAUCUCCAACACCAGUGUUACAGUCGUUCAGUCAAAGGUCCGAGCAAUGACUGAUUGGCCAUUCCCUACAACAAUUACAGAACUUUGCUGCUUCCUUGGCUUGACAGGUUAUUACCGCAAGUUCGUCCGCGACUAUGGCUUGAUCGCUCGUCCCUUGACUAACCUUCUCCGUAAGGGUAAAUUCUUAUGGAGCUCUGAGGCAGAUGCAGAUUUCAACAACCUCAAGAGAGAAAUGACAACUACACCUACUUUGGCUCUCCCCGACUUCUCAAAACCAUUCGUCAUCAAGACUGAUGCUUCAGGAGAAGGCAUUGGCGCAGUUCUUUCUCAGGCAGGUCAGCAAAUUGCCUUCAUGAGCAGGUCACUAGGUGUUACAAAGAAAGCUUGGUCCACAUAUGCGAGGGAGAUGUUAGCUAUUUUGGUGUACGUGUAG